AUGGGAUAUUCCUGUCGGAAUGGGCGUUGCUGUCCUAGCAAAGGUUUUUUAUUUGAAAAUUUUUAUAAAAAAUUUUUUGAAGGUGUUUGUCCAGUUGGGGCACCUCUUGGUGGAGUGACCUCAUGUUCAGCUAACGGCAAUCCGUGUCCAAACAAUUUCCAAUGUGUAACGAAUAAUGGACAUCAAUAUUGUUGUCCUUCUCCAGAACACGUUUGUUCCUUACCUAAUGAUUCUGGUAUUCAAUGUCCAGCACGUGUUUUAUCUCCAAUUUCUCGUUUUUAUUUUGAUUCGACAACAGGUUCGUGUAGAACAUUUCAAUUUUCACAAUGUGGAGGAAAUGCAAAUAAUUUUGAUUCUCUUGAACAAUGUGAAGGAUUUUGUUUGGAAUCGCAAUGUCCGGAUGGAGGAACAGGUUUGCGUGCUGGCCCAUCUUUAGCUCGUUGCAGUCCUGGAGAACAAAAUGGUGUAAGAUUAGCAGAUACUUGCCCAGCACAUUAUGUUUGUGUUCAACCGCUUUUUGGACAACACAAUUUUGUUUGUUGUAGUAGUCCAGGUUUUCUUAAAAAUUUUUCUGAAAAUUUUUCAAAUUUUUUUUUGAAGUUUUUCGAAAAAUUUUUCCCUCAAAAAUUUUCUUUCUUAUUUAAAGAGCAAGUUUGUCGAGAACCUGUUGCUGCUGGAGUUCCUUGUUUUGGCCCUUUUUUAACUAUUCAACGUUUCCAUUUUAAUCAAAAUAAAGGACAAUGUGAAGCUUUUCAAUAUUAUGGGUGUGGAGGGACUGGAAAUAAUUUUAUUACAAGAAGUCAGUGUGAAAUGCAGUGUGUGCCUUCUGUGCAAAAUAGCUGCAAUGGUGUUGCCCCCUUAAACGAUCCAGGCGACUAUGUCCAGCGUUGUAAUGAUAAUUCUCAAUGCCCAAGUGGGAGUUGGUGUAAUCAAAAAAGUUAUUGUUGUCCUCAUGGAGAAACUGCUUGUUCAAGUCAAAAAAGUAUUGGGCAUACUUGUUUAAGUCAGAGGCCGGGAACUUUUUGGUAUUAUGAUAGCGACACAGAUUCUUGUCUUCCAUUUGAAUAUUCUGGUUGUGGUGGAACUCCAAAUCGUUUUUCUGAACGUGAAGCUUGUGAAUAUAUGUGCUUAAAUAAACAAGAAAAUUUAAAUAAUGAUGGGGGUGAUGAAUGUCCACGUGGUAUGGCACCCUUAUUAGCGUCCGGUGGAAGAGGAGGAGGAAGAAAUAGCAAAAUACAAAGUUGCCGUCAACCUUCGAAUAAUUUAAAUGGAGCUGGAAGUUCUUCUUCUUAUAAAAAAUGUCCAGAAGGUUCUUCCUGUGUUCAGUCAAUAAAUAACAAAAACAGCCAAAAAUGGAUUUGUUGUAUUUCUGUAGCACAAUGUCCAAAUGGAAGAAAUGCUUAUUUAAUACCAAAUUCAGAUUCUAUAGUUGCUUGUGUGCCUGAAGCUUUGAUGGGUGGAGGUGGAGAGGAGGAAGAAGAAAAUUUUAAUAAAAAUUGUCCUUCAAAAUAUUCAUGUAUGCAGUCUGCUAAUGUCCCUGGAUUUUAUAUGUGUUGCUCCUCUAAUAAUUAUAACAAUGUUGGUGGUGGUGGUGGAAGAAAUACUGAUUUGCCUUCACUAUCAAAAAUUGGUUCAUUUACUUCUGCUGUUGUUAGCGCUGUUUCUGCUGCAAAAAAGCGUGCAAUGUCUUCAUUACUUGCUAAUUUAAAUGCAGCACAACAGCAACAACAAAAACACCAACAACUACAUCAAUAUUCUGUAUUAAAAUGCCCAAGUGGUUUAUUAUCCAAUGGAGCUAAAUGUGUUGUAAAUCAAAUACAAGCUUGCCCUCUAGGAUAUUUGUGUAUUGGUGAUAAUAAUAUUGCUUCGGGUGGGAAAGGUGUUUGUUGUAAAGCACAACCUAAAUGUACUAGAAAAGGACGGAAACCUGUUUAUAUUGCGCCUAAACAGGUUUUGACUUGUGGUGAUGAGGAAGCAGGUUGUCCGGAAGGUUCUCGUUGUUCUCGAUCAACUUUAUCUGGCAUUCAUAUUUGUUGUAUGCCAAGAGAAAGUUCUGCUGCUGUUGGUUAUGUCAAAGGGAGCAGUUCUUCUUCCUCAGCUUCAUCUUCAUCUUCAAAUUCUGAUAGAAGAACAAUUAGAAGGCCUGAAUCUUCACUUUCUUCAUCUUCCUCCUCAGCUUCAACCUCUUUUUCGCAUGUUCCCAAAAUUGUUCCGAAAUGUGCAAAGGAUGGAGCUUUGCCUUUUUUUGCUUUGGGAAGUAGAGUUCCACAACAAUGUACAGCAGAUAGAGAUGAUGAAUGUCCAGAAGAAUUUGAAUGUGAAAUGGGAACUGAUGAACAAUUUUAUUGUUGUCCAGCAUGGGAUAGAUGUCCAGCAGGCGCUUCUCCAUUUUUUGUUGAAGGAUCUCGCAAACCUUUGGGUUGUAAUUGGAUGGCAAAUAAUUGUCCUGAAGGAUACACCUGUGAAGGUUCAAAAGACCGUGCCAUUUGUUGUCGAAUGCGUGCAAAUAAAUUACAAUGUCCGAAUGGUCGUUCCCCUUAUCUUUAUGGAAAACGCCCAGUUGUUUGUCAUUCAACAAGUAAUAAAAGAAUAUGCCCUACUGGAUUUGAAUGUACACCUUCACAAAAUGGUGGUGGACAAAGAUUGUGUUGUUCUACGUUUGUUUUUUUUUGGAAAAAUUUUAUGAAAAAAAUUUUUUGUAGGCCAGAAAAUCAUGCACCUGAAUGUGUUGCUGGUUUUGGCUAUCUUGAUCCUUCUACCGGAAGAAAUCAAAUAUGUGACCCAACACUUGAGACUUGCCCUCUCGGUUAUCGUUGUAAACGUUCAACACUUGCAAAUACACAUGUUUGUUGUUCUUUACCUUUGGAUAAUCGUUAUGAUGGUUAUUGCCCUCCUGGACAAAUUCCAUUAAUUAAUAGCGGACAACAAUUACAACAAGAAGAUUUUAUUAUUCCAACAAAUUGUCAUCAAGUAUUAAAUCCUUGCCCUUCUAAUAAUUUAAUUGGGCCUCCAUAUCAAUGUAUUUAUUCAACUGAAAAACAAGAUUCUUUUUGUUGUGCUUCUGCUGCUGGGCAUCAACGCUUUGGAAAUUAUUUUAAUAAUAACAAUAAUAUUGCUGCUGUUGCUGCAUUUCCUUCACGUGGAGAAAGUCAACAACAACAGCAACAAAAUCAACAAAUGCAGCAAUGGUUGCAACAACAACAACAACAUUGGCAACAACAAUUUCAUCAUAGAAAUUCUGCUACCGCAGCACAACAACAACAAGCAGCUCAAGCAGCAGCGGCAUUACAAGCUUCACAAGUUGCAGCUGCUCAACAACAACAACAACAAUUGCAACAAGCUCAACAAGUCUCUUCUACUAUUCAAGGUUGUGGUGGGGACGGGCUUGAGAACAACGAUUCUUUAAUGGCACAACAAAUAGCGGCAGCUAAUCAAAUGUUGCAACUUCAACAACAACAACAGAGUGGCGUUGUUGGUGGUGGGGGUUAUCAACAACAAUCACAACAACCGCAACAACAACAAUUAAUUCAGCAACAAUCACAGCAAGGAGGAAGAGGAGGGGGACAAUAUAAUCAACAAAUAGCCCAGCAACAAUUAGCACAACAACAACAACAACCAAAACAAUCCUCCUCAUCAUCAUCAAAUAAUUAUCCUUAUUCUCAAGCAGCAAUUUCUGCAGCAGAAAAUUUGGCCUCAGCAGCUUUACAUUCAAUUUAUGCAAAUUAUGGGACAUCAAAAAAUUCUUCCUCUCCUUCUGCUUCAAGCUCCUCCUCUCCUUCAUCCUCUUCCUCUUCCUCCUCAUUAUUUGUUGCAAGUUGUCCACCUUGGAGUCGUCCCCUAUUAGAUUCUUCAACAGGUUUAGGCCGUUCUUGCUCAACUUGGAUUAAAUGUCCUUCAAGUUUUACUUGUUAUUCAAACUUCCCAGAUGGAAGAAAUGCUCAUUGUUGUACAACUGUACCUUUAGAUAAUCGUAUUGUAUUUAAAGCUAAUACUGCAGCGAUUUUAGCUGAUGAGCAACAACAACAACAAUACCCACAAUUUAAUUUUCAAUAUUCAACACAAAAUAAUGGAACUUUAAAUAGUUCGUCUAGUUUUAAUAAUGGUAUUGGUAAAUGCCCUUCUAAUAUGAUUAAUAUUGGUGGGCUUUGUAAACGAAUGUUCUUCAUUGGCCAACCAGGAUGUGAAACAGACCAACAAUGUACAGCCCGUUCAAACGGCACAGUCUGUACUCGAGGUUAUUGUGCCUGCCCACCCCCUCUUUUAAUUCACGAAUCUCGUUGUGUUCUUCAAUGCCCUGAGGCUAUGUUGACAAUUGCUGGGCGUUGCUACGAUUUGGGAUCAAUUGUCUUUAUGGAUUCUGUUGACAAUAGAGAAAAUGGGACAAUUGGAGGGUUUUGUUUAGCUUCUGUUGUGCCAGAAGAGCAAUGUAACGUCAAAAAUGCUUAUUGUAGUGAAAAAAGCUUGACAUGUCAAUGUACUCCAGGAUAUGAAUUGAGGAUCGAUGAUAUUAAUAAUCGAACAGAAAAGGUUGGUUAG